AUGGCAGACUCAUCAGAACCCAAAAUCCACGUCUCGGCCUCCGAGGCAAGACGCCUCGUUGAAGACAUCCUCAAGGGCAACGGCGUGUCCCCCGAAGACGCCGCCACGGUCGCCCGCUGCCUCGUGGCCGCCGACCUCCGCGGCGUCGACACCCACGGCAUGAACCGCAUCCCGUCCUACAUGGAGCGGAUCCGCCAGGGCGUCCUCGCCGCCGACGCCAAGCCGGAGAUGGUCCAGGUCACCCCGGCCGUGGCCCAGGUCGACGCCCACAACGGCUUCGGCUUCGUCGCCGCGGAGAUGGGCAUGGCCGCUGCCGUUGAGUCCGCGAAGGUCUUCGGCAUCGGCAUGGCCAGCGUCAAGCACUCGAACCACUUCGGCAUGAGCGCCUGGCUCGUCCAGCAGGCCAUCGACGCGGGCAUGAUGAGUCUCGUGUUUACGAACUCGAGCCCCGCGUUGCCGGUCUGGGGAGGCAAGAGCAAGCUCAUGGGCGUCUCGCCGAUUGCGUGCGGUGCACCUGGAAAGGAGAAGCCUUUUAUUCUCGACAUGGCCCCGUCGGUGGCGGCCCGGGGCAAGAUUUACAAGGCGAAGAGACGUGGAGAGAAGAUUCCCCUGGACUGGGCUCUUGAUGCCGAAGGUCGCCCGACAGAUGACCCCGCCGCUGCGCUCGGUGGUGUCAUGCUUCCUAUGGGAGGUCCCAAGGGGUCGGCUCUGUCCAUCAUGAUGGACGUGUUUUCGGGUGUGCUGUCUGGCUCUGCGUUCGCCGGGCACGUAACGAAUCCGUAUGAUCCGUCGAAGCCUGCGGAUGUCGGUCACUUCCUGGUCGCCAUCAAACCCGAUCUGUUCAUGAGCUUGGAGGACUUCCGGGAGAGAAUGGACUACCUGUACCAACGCGUUGUUGGCUCUGACAAGGCGGCUGGGGUUGAACGCAUCUACUUCCCGGGAGAGAUCGAGCAAUUAAAUCAGCAGGAGAGAGAGAAGACCGGUAUUCCUCUUGUACAGGCCGAGGUGGAUGCCCUGAAUGAAGAAGCUAAGCGGGUUGGCGCUCAACCACUAUCGCCAAUCUGA